ACUCGUGGUCGUGGUAGUCAAUGUAUUAUUAUUUAUUUCUCCUCGAAUUGAGCGAUUAGGCUCCCUAAAGUUAUUCAUCAAAUGAACCAGCAGUGUCCGCCGCCUAAAAUUGUUAAGCAAAUAAAACGAUCGCUCAGCUAACAUAAUACGAUCAGCAAACGGUGCCCGAGCCAAAAAAAUAUUCGUCGGUACGGUGGCCCAAGUCACCAGGUCGUUUGCAUUUUUUUGGAUUUAACCGCGGCAGCGAUCGACCUGUAAGCAGACCGUGCUAGUAUACGACAGCGCAUAGCAAAUUAACCAUGGCCCGUGAACUUCCAGAUCGUUGGUCGAAGUACAGUAAGUUUGGUCGUCGCGUCGAUACGACAUCCUUCGUUCCACUUAAAGUUCCUUUGAAAGAACAGUACUUUAGAAGUGGCAGAACCGGCAGAACAGAACGAUUUACACCCAACGAUGCAAUUGAAGAAAUACCCAACCUAGGCCUCGUAGUGGAUCUAACAAAUACAGCUAAAUAUUAUAAUCCGCAGGAAUUUGAAUCUAAAGGUGUUCAAUAUUUAAAAAUCUACACCAAAGGUCACGAUGUUCCAGAUCGACAUCUAAUCGACAAGUUCAUACGAAAUGUGAAAAAUUUUUUAGUCGCUGAAGAAAAUAAAGAUAAAUUGGUUGGCGUCCAUUGCACGCACGGGUUAAAUAGAACCGGAUAUUUCAUCUGUGCCUAUAUGAUUUUGGUUCUGGGAUAUUCGCCAAAAUCGGCCAUAUCUUUGUUUAACGAAGCUCGUACGCAUAAAAUGGAACGGGCGAACUACCUCAACUCUUUACUUCGCUUUAUUCCUCUGGAUUGUGGCAGACCGAACGGAAGUGUUAAUAAUCAUCAUCAUCACCGUUCCGAUCGAUUUCAACCUUACCGACAAAACGACUCCAAUCGACACGACAGAAGCAGACACAGAUCUCGCAGCCCUCGUUAUGCGUCUAGAGAUGAGCAUAAAUCUUAUCGUCAAGGAUAUCAGCAUCGUCCCGCGGCAUAUUUCCGCUAUGAUAACUUUUCUAACACUAAUGAUGACCGAACAGUGAAGUACACUGUUGAAGGCAGAGAUAGCAGGCCACCCAGGUUCGGACAAAGGUGGCAGUGAACGUAACAUUAUUGGUUCUAAUGUUGUUUGAUUAAGUUUUUUUACUAGUGUAUGUGUCUUUAAUAAGUAAUAAAAUCUUACUGUAAUUAGUUG